GCCAAGUCUGACCUGCCGCACUAGAUCCGGCUUGUGCGCGUGCCUCAUGCGCUCCCACAGCGCCUGCUUGUCGAAGAGCGCGAGGUUGCCCUCGAAGUCGAAGUCGCGGUCGAGGGCGGGGUCGGCCGCGUCCCCGAAGCACGCCUCGUUGCGGCGCCGCGCCGCCGCCGUCUGCGGCCCGCGACCCUUCGUGCCGGGCGUCGAGCCUGGGUUGCCGUAGCUACCUACGCAAACCUUCCUACUUUCACUGUGAGGUGGCUGAAUAGGCCAGUUUGACCAAUUUUUUGAUAAACCAUCAAACGUUAUUAUAAUUCUGAUUUGUAUAUUCACAAAAAAAAAAACAAAAUAAUGCCAUAAAACGUUUCUCUAGCAUACGGCAUAUUUACAGGCAGGUAACGUCACACAGCUCUCAUUAAAAUGUCACUACAGCUCUGUCACGUCAGUCACCAUGCAGCCAGCCGAAAAUUUGUUUAGUAAUUUGGUCACAACUUCGUAUAGUAAUAUAGAUUUGUUGUAGAACGAAAGUUUAACCACUGUAUUUUAUGGAAUCCUUAGCUCUAUAAAUCUGCAUUCUCAACUAAAAUCAUAACGGAUCCUUAUUUAGUUAUUUUAAUAAUUUGGUUCUUUGCUUUUUUUCUCAUGCGAGUUAUUAGAUUUUUAAACAUAUCAUACAUGAUGAUCAGCUUAAAUUAAGGUGAGUAUUUAGUUCCUUGGCUUUUUCUUGUGUUUCAAUAUAUAUUUUGAGGGAACUUUUUCUCUUUUGGUAUACAAAAAAAACCUUAAUAAACUGCAAUAUACAAUUUUACUCUUUAACUUACUAUAAUACCUGUGUUAACAUUACUCUUAUUUGGCCGGUUCCCUUGGAUAUCAAUAGGUUUACUGCGAGCUGGCCCUGCCCCCUGUGCUGGGCCACGGGAGUUUGAACUCUUACUGCUGCUGCUAGGGUUCACAUUUGUCUGAUUACCUGUUUGCAACAUUACAACUUUAGUUGAAAUUCUAAUUUAUGACUACUACCAUAUUACUAUAUUGCGAUUACAUUGCUAUAGUUGUUGACACAAUGAGGUGUAAUAUUGUUAUGACAUGGUUAGAACUACAGGUCCACUUAGGUGUGCGACACUCACACACACAUGCCAUUUCUCUUUUAUUUUUGUCAGCUUCUUUUCUUUGUUUUUGAAGUUAUACUUCUUUAGGCGCGUUAUGAAAAAAUGAUGAGAGUGAAAUUUUUAGAUGCGAGCCCAUCACUGUAACCCAAAAGUAACAGCAUGAAGUUGUCCGCGGGCGCGUUAUGAAAAAAUCAUGUGAGUGAAACUUCGAGAUGCGCGUGCAUCACUGUAACACAAUAGUAACACCAUGAAGUUGGCCGCGGGCGCGUUAUGAAUGUUAGUGUCUCAUCUUAGACAUCUGUUCGAAAGGUACUUUGAACGAUCCACGGAGCUCCAUAAGAUGAUCGCGUUGUCAAAAACAAUGUUGGCACGCUCGUCGCCUCUGAUCACUGUUUUCAUAUUUAUAAUAUUUAUCCACAUGUUUCUAGUUUCUAUAUAGACACAACGUGUUUUAGUUACUUACAAGUGCUAAUUACAUAUGGACUAAUAACUUAAAUUGAGUAGUGAUUUUAAUUGAAUACAUAUUUUGAAUAUUUAUUUAAUUUUUCAAAUUAAAACUGAACUUAAUUGACUGUGUUAACUAUCCUUUUCCAGUCCUUUUAUUAUUUUAUUGUAAUUAUUAAUUAUUUGCAUGCAAUUAAAAAAUAUUUUUAUCGAUGCUAAAGAAGUAUAACUUCUCACGCGCGUACAUAAGUUACACGCAUCCAUUUUUUUUUUAUCUUCUUUUUACUUCAAUAUUAUUAAUAAGCGCAAAUCUCCUACUGUAGUCCCGGAGAUAUAGGAUUACCUGGGUUUAAUAAUCUUUUGAUAAUAAAGAGUUUAUUAUUAUUAUUAUAAUCUAAAAACACCUCAGGAAAAUUAUGAAUCUACAAUAUACUUCACUACAAUAUAAAGUAAACUAUGUGUAAUUCAUUCAUUUUUAAACUAACCUGAGCUAGUUGGAUUUGCUUGCAAAUUUUCACAUACAGUGGCCCGUUGACAUUUUUUGUUGUUCUUUGUAACAGCAACAGUACUAUGAGUCUGUUCUGUGGGCUCUGGUUUGGCUUCAAUUAUUUUUAAUUCUUUAAUAUCCGCAGCACUGAAAUAUUAAACACAUAAUAAGACAUUUAAAAGAAGUUUUACUCAUUUCUUUACCUUCUCUUUAUAAGUUUCUUUUUUGUGUAACCUUUCAUGUUAAAAGUCAACAGCUAAUAUUAUCAACACAAAUGUGUUGAUUCAACAAACUUACUUCCGUUGAUGUAGAAGAGCAAGGAUCACUUACUUGAGCGUGACUUUAGAUUUGGGAUAGGGGAAUCCAUUUCUAAAGGCUUUAGUGAGAGUAAUUGUACUUCCAUCUGCUUCUAGUAUAGUCCCUUGAUAACAACCUAAAGGUUCACCACAAUUUACAGAAACAGCAUAACCAACCCACUUUGACAUGUUUGCAAAAAUACGAGCGUGCAAUCUAACACAGAUGUGCCGAAAUUCGGCGGGUGCAUGUAUAUUUCACUUAAAUACAGUCUAUCAAUGGUGGCAAUUAGUUAACACAAUUAAUAGCGUAUUUUAGAAUUAAAUUCACUAACCACCAUCAACAAAGAUUGCAGAUUUAAAUCUUUAUUUUUAUUCCUCAAUCGUCAAGUCAAAUUCGAGUCAAACACAUGUCAUACGCAACAAAUAUAUUUUUUUGUUGUUUACCUACUCAGGAAAGGCAAAAGGAACUAAGCCCAUACAGCCAUUGUCUUCAGAGGAUAUAUUUCUCUAUUACAUUUUAAUGACUUCUAUCUUUUGGUUUCUUCUUAGACUAUCUUCAACAAAUUCAACUACAUGAUAAAUUUAUUUCUUAAAUUCUGUAUUUUUUUUCCUUAUUUUAAUAUAUGAUUUGGGGAGCUAAAGGUGCAAUUCAAAUACCACCAAUCCAAUGGAUGAAACAAUAAAAUUGAAAAUAGGUUUAAGCAUCCUGGAUUACUUAAUAAAGUUUGUAUGGAGCGCGGGAUUGCAUCAGGGUUUUUAUAGAUUUUUAAUAGGGAAUUUAUAAAUGUUAAUCGGAUUAUGGAUUCGGAUGGUUAUUGGAUAUGAAGCGACAGUAACCGAAUCUCAAACGACAUAUGACAGUGGUGUCGAUUUUGGAAGGAUUCUCUAAACUUACUCAGUACCAAGAAAGUUCCUUGCCCAGUACCCAAAGACCGAACGGAAUAUAUUAAAAAAAAAAGAUCAAGUUGAAGUUGUCAUCAGUUGUCAUUCUGUCGGGGCCAAAGAAAAGUGUGGUCGAUUUUUAUCGCGGGGAAAGAGAAAUACAAAAUUGUAUCGGAAAUAAUUAAAUGAUUACAUAACUAAGAUGGUAGUGGAGUACGUGAAGGAGAACAUUCAGUCCCGCCCCCCAGUACCAGCAUGGGUGAUAGUAUUGUGCGUGGGGGCGGCGGCGUCGGCGCUGUACGUGGCCACGCUGGUGGACCGCGCGCUGCCGGCGCCCCUCAUGAGGAAGGACGCGCCGGCAGACCGGUUCAUUGCCGAGAAUGCAUACGACCACCUUGUCAACCUCACCAAUAUCGGUCCUAGGGUGGCCGGUACAUAUGAGAACGAGGUGGCGGCAGUGGCAGUACUGGUGGCCGCCGCGAAGCAGAUCGCGCGCGAGGCCUCCCCACACAACGUCGUCGACAUCGAUGUCCAGCGCGCCAGUGGAGCCUUCAGCCUUAGUUUCUUUGAUGGUAUGAACAACAUCUACAGCGACGUGCAGAAUGUGGUGGUGCGUGCGAGAAGCGUAGGAGGACUUCCAGGAAGGAGGACUGCGCUGCUACUCAACUGCCACUACGACACUGUUCCCGACAGCCCCGGCGCGAGCGACGACGCGGCGGGCUGCGCGGUGGGACUGGAGACUCUGCGGGCGCUCGUGGCUGCCCCGCGGCCCCUGCGGCAUGACGUCAUCCUGCUGCUCAACGGGGCCGAGGAGAACAUCAUGCAGGCCUCCCACGCCUUCAUCACGCACCACAAAUGGGCGAAGUCGGUGCGCGCGUUCAUCAACAUCGAGGCGUGCGGCGCGGGCGGGCGCGAGGUCAUGUUCCAGGCCGGCCCCAGGGACCCCUGGAUCGUGGAGGUGUACGCGCGCGCGGUGCCGCACCCGUUCGCGUCGUCGCUGGCGCAGGAGAUGUUCCAGAGCGGCAUCAUCCCCGCCGACACAGACUUCCGCAUCUUCCGCGACUUCGGACAGCUGUCCGGCGUGGACCUGGCGUGGAGCUCCGACGGCUACGUGUACCACACGCGGCUCGACGAUGCGGCCCGCGUGCCGCUGCCCGUGCUGCAGCGGACCGGCGACAACGUGCUGGCGCUCGCCACCGGACUUCUGGGCAGCUUGAGUCUGGAGUCCGCAGCCAGGGCUGAGGAGGGGCAGCCGGUGUUCUGGGACCUGCUGGGAGUGCUGCUGGUGGUGGCGCGGCCCACCGCCGCCGUACUGCUGGCGCUGCUGACCCUCGGCCUGGUGCUGCUGCGGCUGCACCUGGCUGCCGGCGCGGCCAACAAGCGACUGUACAUGUCUCGGGCCGCGUGGUUGCGGGCGGUGCUGCAGGCGGGAGUCCGCGUGGUCGGCGCGGGGCUGGCGGGGGCGGGCGCGGCCGCGGGGAUCGGCGCGGGCCUGCAGGCGGGCGGCGCGCCCCUCCCGUACUACGCGCGCCCCGCCCUACUGGCGCCCCUCGUGGCCCUGCCUGCGCUCUCUGUCGCCGCCCCCGUGAUGUGUGCGGGGCGCGGUAUAGGCGCGCUGCCCCCUGGCGCGCGGCGCGGCUGGUGGGCGGCGCGGGCCGCGAGCGACGCGCUGGCGGCGGGCGGCGCCGCGUGCCUGGCGGCGUGCUUGGUGCUGCGCGUGCGCUCCGGAUACCUGCCCUUGCUGUGGACCUUGCUGCCCACCCUCGCCGACCUGGCGGCUACCGCCUUUAAGGCUAGCGACAGAGGGCGGGCCUGGUGGUGGGCGGCGGGCUGGACGCUGCCGGUGCUGCAGAGCGCCUACGUGGCGCGCGACUCGAUGGCCAUGCUGCUGCCCCUAUGCGGCCGGGCCGGGGCGCCCAAGGUGCCCGUGGCGGUGGUGAUGGCGGCCGCGGUGGCGGUGGUGGUGCUGCUGGUGUGCAACUGGGUGGCCGCGCUGGCGGUAGCCUCCCGGGACCUUCACUAUAUAGCGUGGGCGGGGCUGGCGUGCGGCGCGGCGUGGGCGGCGUGGGCGGUGUGGUGGGGCGCGGAGGGCAGCUACACGCCGGCCCGCCCGCAGCGGCUGAUGAUGUUCCACGUGCGGCGGGUCGAGCACGUGCCCGGCCGGCCCGACCUCACCACCCACUACUACUGGCUGCCCGAGCUGGAUCCCAACACCGAGGCUCGAGUCGACACCCUGGGCAGGGAGUGGAGGCGCGGAGACGCGGACAGCGCGGAGUGGGUGUACGGGGGCGCGCCGUACUCUCUGCCGGUGUACGGGCUGGUGCCGCGCUGGCUGCAGCUGGAGGCCUCGGGCGACGAGCCCGCCCCGGACCAUGCCGCGGUCGCCCUCAACUACACCGCGCGCCUGCUCGAGCCCGGCCUGUACGCGCUGCGUCUGCAUACUGCAGGUGAUAUACGAUAUGUGUACGGGCUGGUGCCGCGCUGGCUGCAGCUGGAGGCCUCGGGCGACGAGCCCGCCCCGGACCAUGCCGCGGUCGCCCUCAACUACACCGCGCGCCUGCUCGAGCCCGGCCUGUACGCGCUGCGUCUGCAUACUGCAGGUGAUAUACGAUAUGUGUACGGGCUGGUGCCGCGCUGGCUGCAGCUGGAGGCCUCGGGCGACGAGCCCGCCCCGGACCAUGCCGCGGUCGCCCUCAACUACACCGCGCGCCUGCUCGAGCCCGGCCUGUACGCGCUGCGUCUGCAUACUGCAGGUGAUAUACGAUAUGUGUACGGGCUGGUGCCGCGCUGGCUGCAGCUGGAGGCCUCGGGCGACGAGCCCGCCCCGGACCAUGCCGCGGUCGCCCUCAACUACACCGCGCGCCUGCUCGAGCCCGGCCUGUACGCGCUGCGUCUGCAUACUGCAGGUGAUAUACGAUAUGUGUACGGGCUGGUGCCGCGCUGGCUGCAGCUGGAGGCCUCGGGCGACGAGCCCGCCCCGGACCAUGCCGCGGUCGCCCUCAACUACACCGCGCGCCUGCUCGAGCCCGGCCUGUACGCGCUGCGUCUGCAUACUGCAGGUGAUAUACGAUAUGUGUACGGGCUGGUGCCGCGCUGGCUGCAGCUGGAGGCCUCGGGCGACGAGCCCGCCCCGGACCAUGCCGCGGUCGCCCUCAACUACACCGCGCGCCUGCUCGAGCCCGGCCUGUACGCGCUGCGUCUGCAUACUGCAGGUGAUAUACGAUAUGUGUACGGGCUGGUGCCGCGCUGGCUGCAGCUGGAGGCCUCGGGCGACGAGCCCGCCCCGGACCAUGCCGCGGUCGCCCUCAACUACACCGCGCGCCUGCUCGAGCCCGGCCUGUACGCGCUGCGUCUGCAUACUGCAGGUGAUAUACGAUAUGUGUACGGGCUGGUGCCGCGCUGGCUGCAGCUGGAGGCCUCGGGCGACGAGCCCGCCCCGGACCAUGCCGCGGUCGCCCUCAACUACACCGCGCGCCUGCUCGAGCCCGGCCUGUACGCGCUGCGUCUGCAUACUGCAGGUGAUAUACGAUAUGUGUACGGGCUGGUGCCGCGCUGGCUGCAGCUGGAGGCCUCGGGCGACGAGCCCGCCCCGGACCAUGCCGCGGUCGCCCUCAACUACACCGCGCGCCUGCUCGAGCCCGGCCUGUACGCGCUGCGUCUGCAUACUGCAGGACCGAGCCACAUGGUGGUGAUAGUUUCCCCGGGAGCGGGGGGGACCGUAGAGUAUUAUGACGCCCUGCAUGCGGCGCCCGUCGAGGCUGCGGCCUGGGGGCGGCGUCGGACAUACUUCCUGGCCACGUACGCAGCGCCCGCGCGGUCCGCGGUGAGGCGCAUGGAGCUGAGGCUGCGGCUGCCGGUGAAGGGCGGUGCGGGCGAUGAGGGGGGCUGGUCCAGCGAGGAGUGGGCGGAGCUGUGCCAGCUGUCCGUGGCGGGACACGCGCUGGGCGGGCCGCGGGGUCCCGCCCACCAGCAGGUGUUCCGCGACCUGCCGCCCAACGUGGCGCCCACCGGCUGGCCCGUGCAUCUGCAUCUGUACCGCCUGCUGCGACCGCACUGACCUGUCAAACCCCACGGUUGGGGCUGGAGGGAACGAGGGCAAAGCCCACUCUAAACUUUCCCCUGUGCUCACCCCAAAUUUCAAGUGUUGAAUGAUUACUUUAGUUUUAGAUUAAUAGACGAGUUCAUCCGGCCGGCCCGCGCUCUAGGACGAAUCCCCAGCUCCGGCGAUUCCGAAGCGUUGUCUAUUGAGCACCGUUAACCGUUUGAACGUUCCCUUCAAACUUAUAGAAAAAAAAUGUUUUUUCUAGUUUUACUUUUCCGACGAUGCAUAAUAUGAUGUGAUGAUUGAUUUGUGUAGUGUGUGUGCUUGUAUUGUUUAAUUAAGUUUUUAAUAUUUUUUUAAUAAAUAUAACACUUCUUAUUUAUUAAUUUUGUAUUGAAAUGUCUGUUUUGUUAAUUUUACAUGAAAUGUCAAAUUAGAAGUAGUUUUGUAGAAAAUAAGUAAAGCGCUAAUAAAUAAUUCCAAUAAUGUGAGUCAAGUAUACACGGGUGAUUGGUAUGAAAUAGAUAUUUAAGUGUUAAGGCCGGCGUGUUAGAUGAACAUGCUGUAUUUACCACAGUUUAUCGAAGCAUAAAGUAUUUUUACUUUUAAAAUUUUACAAAAAUUCUAAAAUUAACAUUUGCUUAAAAAUUUUUAAACUUUCUAACUAGAUUGAUCGAUGCAACGCAUGAUAUUCUUGAUUUGAGAUGUGACCGACAGUCUUUUUAUUUUCCGGUUCGGUUGAGCCCAAGCACGGCUCCGCGUAGCUCUAUGGGGGCCAGUUAGCCUCCGCGGAGGUGAGGGGAGAAGGGGGGGGGGGGGGGGGCGGAACUAACGUGACUCCAUGACAUGAAGGCACAGUUUUCGUGCGUGCAACCGGCUUUCAUCGAUUUAUAAAACGUUAUCACGUCAAAAUAUUGGUGCGAAUAAAUUAGAUGUAAGUAAGAAUAAAUCCUAAGAAAAUAAUUUUGGUCUGGGUGGUGGCGGCAACAGUGCUCUGGUUAACCUGUGGUGCAUUAGUUAAUUAAUAGAGAAUAGAGUGAGCAAUAAAAUUUAAUAUAUUAAAACAGUUUUCGCUUGUACGUCCUUAAUGUGAGUAUGGUGACGAGACGAUAAACAUUAGAUGUAGGCGGUUACUGGUGAGCGCGUGAGAUUCAUAUCAGUAACUUAUGAACUACGGUUUGUGCUAAUUAUUUUUAAUAAGAUAAUACAUUAACGAUGCAAUCGAGAUUGUCAGUGGGAAUGCUAAAUGCACUGCACUGCGUUUCUACUGCUUUAUUAUACUAUGAGGAGCUGGCAAACAAAACGGUAUAAUUAUGUAAAAAAUAUAUUUUACAGAAGCAGUAAAUAACUGAAUGACGGACACACCUACAAUAAAGUUAGUAAAAUUACUAAAUUAAACACCACGGUUUUUAAUUUAGUGAUUCUAACUUUGUUUUAGGCGGUUUUGAUUGAAAAUUAGUUGAAAUUCAAAUUCAGCCCAAAACGUCGACUUAAAAAAAAUAUUUUAACCAGAUGCGUAGUAACCGUUUUAUUCGACGGCUCCUCGAUAUAUAUGAUACAUAUGACGACAUAAAUGACUCUCGAGUAGAAUUAAUAAAAAUUGUUUAAUUAAUCGAAAACUAUGAUUGUUUUUAAUUUUUAGAGGAUUCUCUGUAGUACGCUCCAUCUUACAGAGGCCUUCAGUAAAAAAAAUCCUAAAUAAAAUUUGGUGGUGCUGUUUAUGUGGAUGAGUAAAGGUUCCACGGGGCAGGGGAGGCAACUGCAGGCACUACUGAUACUCUGGUAUCACAAGCGGUUAAACACACUAAAACAGUAAGAAGCAUGAAGACACCAAACAAUGUCUAAUUAAGAGCGUUACGUAGUUACGCGACCUCAAAUAUCCUUUCAGCUGCACCAUGUGAAACAGCCGAUAUUUAUUGCCCUAGGCAGGCCUUUCAUUGAACUUGUAAAUCCCUUCUGACCAUCAAGAAAAUGCAAACGUUUUUUUACAAAAAAACAUUUUAUAAAUUUAAAACCGAAGCUAUGUGUACAUUUAAAUGACGUACACACAAAAACAUGACGUGGGUCAGAUUUUUUUAUGGUCAGUAGGUAUGUAUUUAUAGUCAUAGUGGGCGCGCCUAUCUGGCUGUACGUCGCGAGACUGGUUUGCGAGUGACACUGGUGCCUUCAAUUACGUUGUUUUACUGUGAUCAUAGUAUAAUAAUUUUAUUAUUAAUAAAUGAACUUCGUUACAUCGUGCUUGUAAUUCAUUAAAUUUCCUUUGAUCCUUAGUUGGGUACUAAAGUAUACAGAACCACAACGGAACUUUCUUUGUUAUAUUUU